UUUUCAGAGGUGAUAAUCGAUCUCGUAAAAAUACACUCAAAGAAUGGAAAAAUGAGAUUAUCGACAUUUUUAAUAAUUGCAUUCAUUACAUGCAAAGUUACUACAAGCCCAGUCAUUGUCUUGCCACCGUUUUUUAAACUACACGGACAAAAUGUUAUCACAAUAGUGAACGAAAAGUCCGUUAAAACAGUUGUUCAAAUUGAUCACGGAGGAGAAAAAACAAACAAAGAAAUACAAGGUGAACAUCAAAUAAUUUCAUUCCACACAAGCUCGAGUCAAUCAUUUGCUCAUAUUGUGAUUAAGGUCGAUGGAGAAGUCGAAUUGGAUCAAAAUGUUCCCGUUCGUCCGGAUUUGUUUAAUGUUCAUAUACAUAUUGAUAAAGCCGUCUAUCGAAAAUCGGAAUUAGUGAACGUCCGUAUUUUACCGCUCACGCAUUCUGGAUCAAUCUAUCGAGGUGAUCUUAGCAUAACUCUUGUGAACGGAAAAGGGUUUGUGGAGUCUUCAACGAUGCGAGUCAAGCGUGUUGAAGAGACAGACUCCAUGAUUUCUGAUCAACUUGAAAUUCCAUCGCACACAUUUUUCGGUGACUGGUUUUUGAAGGUACAACCUGUCGAAUAUGGAUCAAAGAAAAUUGAUGAGAUGCUGGUUUUCGAGAAAACAUUCCAAGUUCAGGAUUAUGAUCUGCCUAACUAUAGACUGAAUGGGUUUUUGGUAGAUAACAGUGAUUUGGACAAAACUACCGUUACGGUAGAAGCAAAGUAUUUCCACGGAAAGCCUGUGAAUGGGUCUGUCCAUGUGUACUGCCGUGAAGUUGGAUCUUCAUCACAGGACCGAAGUCAUCUGACUCAUCUGCGGUCUGGAGAAUUUGACAAUGGUAUUUGGUCUUCUAUUGUGGACCUUGGUAAAUGUGACCCACCCAAUCCGCUGCCGAAAGAGAUUUAUAUCGAGUCCCGAGAAAAUGGAACCGGCUAUCGACAAGACUUGAUCUUAGGAUUGGACGUGAUGGCACCGAAAUUUACAAUAACAGCUGUUCGACCAUAUUUCACUAAUGAUGUAGAAGAAAUCAUACUUCUCGUUGAUGGAGAUGGUAUCGCACACGGAAAUGUGAGUAUACGAAUCGAAUGUAUUUCCGAGAAAAAUGAUGUUAUGCGAACAAAAGAAGUGAAAGUUGGAUCGAAAAUCGGAGACGCGCUGAAAAUUGGAAUUCCAAAGGAGUGGCAGAAUGAUGUUAGCGUCAUAAGAGUUAUUGCCAACCGACGCAUCAAAAAUGGCUUUAGCAAUGAUACAAUGCUCUACAUUCCAAAUCUGAGCAACACUUCACUAGUUUCGUCGCUUAUUAGUCCAGAAGAAAUUAAACCGUUCUAUAAAGACGACGAAAUUAUGAAUGUUCAUGUGAAAAAUACAAGAAAAGAAACGAAUUUUGUGAUUAUUUGCAACUCUCAUACCGUACACCGUGUGCCAAAUGAAGUUAAAAAUAGAAUACUACGAGUGAAAAUUACUGAUAAGAUGGAAGGAACCUGCAUUCUCACUGCAUUUACUGCAGAUUCCAGCGUAUCAGAUGUUAUGUUGUUUAGAGUUCAAACUCAUUGUGAGGAUUGCAAAGUGAAAGUGUCUAAAGUCUUGAACGGAAUGAGCAAAGAGCUUGGAAAUAAUGAUGCUAUUGAGCCAGGGGAUGUUAUGGAGUUAGAAUUUACAGGACACUCGGAAGCAAUUGUUUUCUACAGAGCUAUGGAUGAACGACUGAAUUAUAUAACAUUGAGAAAUGACUACAUGAUACACGAGUACCUAGAUUAUUUAAUAUUUGGAAAGCAAUCUCAAGGAGCCAAAAUUCUAAAUUUGGUUAACGCAGAGAAGGUCGAACACGCGAUGAAAAAAAUGUGCACCUCGGCUGGUCACCAGCUUCGUUUCAGAUGUCUUCAAGGGCAGCGUUCGACUUCUCUUGUUUCUGAGAAAUGUCUUAAACAUGUUUUGAAAAGCUGCUAUAAAAAUUCAUCGGCUACCGCAAUGCAGAUUGUAACUCCAUACUUAUCUGGAAAAACAACACCGGUUCUCUCUGCAAGCUCAACCAACUGGUUAGAUAAUAUCAACGUUUUUCGAUCAAAAUCAAUGAAAGCACCACUGCAACUCUUCGUCAAACCCGAAUUCCACGACCCAGGUGUUGUCAGUCAAAAAUCAAGAAUUCGUCAGCAUUUCCCAGAAACAUGGUUAUUCGAUGCAAUUGUAUUAGAAAGAAAUGGCACUAAGAAAAUCACAGCUACUUCACCUGAUAAUGUUGGUCAGUGGGCACUUAACAAUGCUUAUUGGUGGCAUGGCAGAGUGUCACUGUAUCCAGGACAAACUAAAUACAUACAAACUAGCAAAGCAAUUUUCUUAGAGGUUGAUAUGCCCAGAAAUGUUUACGUCAAUGAAACCAUCAGUCCGUUACUUACAAUUACUGGAGUUGAUCUCGUGAAAUCUAGAGAAACAUUAGUGAUUUGUCUCUCGGAACUUCCUAGAAAAGUAUGCGCAGAUCAAGGAGCUAACGGCAAGAAAGGAGAUACAUAUUAUAUGAAAGUUGAAGUAUCACGAUCUUCACCAAUUCAGAGUAAAUAUUUAAUGAUGAAAUUCUUAUCACCAGGAGUAGUGAAUAUGACUCUAACUUUGAAAACAGAGAACUGCCAAACUGGAAAGAUCUUGGAUGCCGUGAGAAAACAAAUUGAGAUCCAGAAAAGAGCAGACACCGAGGAAUAUUAUGAGCGUCACAUUCUGAAUCCAAGCAAACCACUGGUUACAGCAAUGAACGAUGAUCCCGGUUCAACAAGUAGCAGAAAUACUAAAAUGAUCACCUUUUCUGACCAACAUGGCUCAAUGGACGAGGCGGACACCAUAAACACACUUAUUACCUCAAAUGUUCCGGAUACAGAAACCGUUUUCUCAUUUAGUAUCACACUUUCAAAGUUCUUGCCGAUCACUGAUAAAAUCGGGAAAAUACCAAUAGGCACACGAUCAAAAAGAAACGGGCAGAGAAUUUUAACGUCGGUUAUCAAAGAGUUAUCAAUUGUGUUGUAUAAGUUCAAAAAACUAAAGUUGUAUGGGUCAACGUCAUAUCAAAUGGAAGCUGAGAUAAACGAUUUGAUAAAUGAAAUGAUGCAGUUUUCAAAUUGCACUUCUCAAAAAGAACCAUGUGCUUAUAGUGAAUUUGGAAAACCACAAGCAUCAAAUGAGGCAUCGAUAUUGUUAACAAGUAUUGCGACAAGUCUUUUAUGUGAAGCGGAUGUUGAAGAGAACCGAAUUUUAGGAUCAUUGAAAACCAUUACGGCCUACAUCCCAAAACUCGGAAGAAAAGAUUUUAAUGAAGAUCUUAGUGACAUCAUAGACGUGGAAAACACAGAAGACAAAAAAUACCUCCUAGUCUCCUUUAUGUAUCAAGUUUCACGAGACUGCUCUAGUUAUCGCAGUGGGCUGAGGGAUAUGACUAAAUCGUUUGGAAAACUGCACAAAUACUUUUACGAGCUGGAUGAAUCUGCUGUACAAGACAGAAGGACGUCAGCAGCAAUUGCAUUUAUGGCAACAAAUGCAACUGCAGAGCUGAUGAGAAGUGAUUUAAUCGCAGAGAUUAAUAAAGAACAUCCUCCUUACUGGAAGUGUAAUGGAUACGACACAAACCGAGUCGACAAACUGAAAAGAAGCAGCGAGUCUUUUAGGAGAAGGAGAGAGAGCUGUCAAGUUAUGGUCAACAGCUUUGCUCUAGCGGCAAUAGUGACUGCAUAUGCAGAAGGAACUGAAGUAGAUUGGGACAGACUUGCUGACUGGAUAUCCGAACAACAGAGUAGUGAUGGAUCGUAUGGAAGCCCGUUAACAACACUUGUUGCAUCAAGAUCUUUAUUCGAAAAAAGCAGAAGAUCCGUUGAAAUUGCAUAUAAUGAUCUUCUAGAAGUAACGGUGAGAUGCAAGGGAUGCUCAGAGAAACGGAUAAAUGUUACGGAAAGUGCAAUAGAGAUUCACAUUCCAAAUAACAUACAUUAUGUCACACUUAUAACAAAAGGUCAUGGAAAAGCAGUUGUUGCUGCAAGAAUAGUUGCAACAAAACGGCCAAGACCAAAGAGAGGAUUGACACAAGACGAUUAUUAUCCAGUGCAUUUAUCCAUUGACCAGAAAGUUCAAGAUAAUUUUGUCCAUCAAACGGUGUGCUUCAAUGUAUCCAAUCCCACAAUAAAAACUCUCGACAUUUUCCAUGGUACGUAUACAUUGUUCACAGCAACUCCGGAUCAACUGUAUUUCUUGAAUGACUCCUACACCCCAAUAAACCCUUCAUCAUCUGCACUCGGACUCCAUUUCAUAAUCACAAACAUCGUGUCAAAUCAAACACUUUGUUACAAAGUUGCAUUAAGCGAAUCUAGAGGUGGAAAAAAUAUUCCAUAUAAAUCGGCACCAGUUCCGAUCAGGGCUACACAUCCUGUACAAGGACUGGUUGGAAUGUUACUUAUUGCUCAUCCGGAUGUACCAAGAUCUGAUGUUUUGGUCCGGCGACGACGACAUCAUCAUACGCGGACAAGAUUUGUGAGGCGUAUCAUUGAUGAGUCUGCCGUUGAUACUAUUUGUUAUGACGGAGGAGAAUGCUCUUGUGCGGAAACCACAUGCAGCGUAAAGUGCAACAAGUGUCAUCAAGAUUCACCUGAAAAUUUACAACAGCUACUUUCAACAAAUGGGAUCUUUGGAAUUCGUUUCGAAUUGGUUUCAAUAAGCAAUUCGUUGAUGAAUGGUGCGAAUUAUACAAUUUAUGAUGGAACUGUAAAAGACAGCAAUGGUCUGGGAGCAGCAGCGUUUGAAUUGUCAAAAAAAGUACGCGUGUGGUUGCGUUCUUGUAAUGUGGGUUGUACACCAGGAGAGAAAACUUUGAAGCGAGAUUAUUAUGUGUUGGGACAUGAAGAUGGUUUAAAUUCGGAUUCUUAUGGAAGACAAAACUACAUUCUCAAUCACAUGGAUCGUUUUGAGGAGAGUUCUUACGACUGCCAAAAUUUGAAUUCGGCAAUCACAAUCCGAUAUCGAUAAAUUGACUCACCUCAGAUUCCAUCUUCUUUCACGGGCUCAUUUCAUUUUGUUUUGCCAAUUAUGACUAUUACACAGGAAAACAAAUGUUUUUAUUUAUGAUAAGUUAAUAAAUGUUACAUC